AUGUCCAACCCCCAGCUUACCCUCAGCGAAGCAUCAGAGGAUGACGCAGCCCGGAUUGCAGACAUCCACAUGGCCGCAUUUGGCACAAACCUGAUGCUUCUUGCGCAGUUCCCAACGCCUGCGAGUCGCGAUGAGUUGCGGGUUACUCUGCGGGAGAAGGCAGUUGACGAGAUUCGAGACCCGCAGUGGACUGUUCUUGUGGUUUGUGAUGACACCGGAAAGAUCAUCAGCUUUGCUAAAUGGAAACGGCCUGUUCCUGAGUCAGAAUUGGAUAGAUAUAUCGAGAAGCCAUGGAAGUGGCCAACAGAAACCAGAUUCGAUAUUCUGGAGGAAUGGACGUCCAAGGUGGAGGAGGCGGGGAAUAUGUUGCUAGGCACGACACCGUGUUAUUCACUGAGCUACAUUGGGACUGAUCCGAGUUACGAACGGCAAGGAGCAGCAUCCAUUCUGGUGAAUUGGGGUCUCGAGCAUGCCAAACUUGAAAAUGUACCGGUCGCCCUAGAGAGCACCAAGAACGCAUGGCCUUGGUAUGAAAAGCUGGGCUUUCGGGGUGAACACUUGAUCUCGAUGACCCUUGAGGGUUUGGGGGCCGACGGUGCAGCAGUCCUCUACGAAGAGAUGUGCUUUCUGUUUAGGCCAGACAGGUAG